CACUUUGAACAUUAACGUGAUCACAAAUCACGACUCUAACGUGCCAUCCCCGAAGUUUCUCAGUUGAUUUCAAGAGUAAAGUACAAAACUCAACGUUGAAGAAAAGAAACCCCAAAAUCCAAAUUUCUAGCACAAUCAAAGUCUGCCCUUGAAUCUAGCAACACAGAGAAAGACGAUGGCUGAAGAGUCGUCACACUCGAAAUAUGUGAAGUUGACUAAGGCUCAAGUCUCUGCUGAUGAAGACAUCACCCCUGGUGAACUCAAUCAAGCAAUACCCACUUCUCAGUUGCAUGUUCACAAGUGUGCCGAAUGUGGACAGCCUUUACCUGAAAGCUAUCAGCCUCCUGCUGAUGAACCUUGGUCAAGUGGGAUCUUUGGGUGUACUGAAGAUACACAAAGUUGUUGGACUGGGCUUUUCUGCCCAUGUGUCUUAUUUGGACGAAAUAUCGAAAGGUUGAGAGAUGAUACCCCGUGGACUACACCGUGUAUUUGUCAUGCUGUUUUUGUAGAAGGUGGUUUGGCACUGGCUGCUGCCACUGCUUGGACCUAUGGUAUCGACCCAAGAACAACUUGUCUUGUAUGGGAGGGAUUAUUUUUCACCUGGUGGAUGUGUGGCAUAUACACUGGUCUUGCUCGACAAUCCUUGCAGAGUAAAUACCAUCUAAAGAACUCCCCAUGUGACCCAUGCCUAGUGCAUUGCUGCAUGCACUGGUGUGCCUUGUGCCAGGAGCACCGGGAGAUGAAAACCCGUCUCGCAGAUGACCUCGGCGAGCCCAUGACCAUUGUCAACGCGCCACCUGUUCAAGCAAUGAACUCCGGCAGGGAAACCCAGGAAGCAUCAUCAACUUCUACUUCUGGAAAGAAUGAGGAUAAAGACGGUGUUAAAAUUGAGAUGCAGGCUCUAUAGUUUCUCCUUAUACUUGUACUGUAAAAAAGAGAGAAAUAUUUACGGCAAAACUUCAUUAGAACUUGGUAACAAAAACCAAGGUUUAGUUGAUCUGUUGUGGGUGAAGCUUAUUUAUAUAGAGAGAGUAUUCAGUAUACUGGUUGAAAGACCAUUUUCACAUUGUACAAGGAAUCCACAGGCUUCAACUGAUAACUGCUGAGAAAUUUGGUACUUUUGGUUUCUUUUCUUGUUGAUGUGUAUUCCGCACUUUGUUAUCGAGCUUUUUUAGUUGCUUCUGUUCGAAA